CAUAUAACCACCACUCAAUCACCGGAGAGCCCAGAGGAACGUGCAGGAUGCGGGAUGGGCUUCAGUGGGGUUUCGUCUAGCUGCAUAUUAAGGAAUUAAAUGCCUGACGGAACAAAUGAUCGAGGGGUGGGUGGCCGGAGGAGAACCACUGUUCCGCAGGGUAUGACCGCCGUGCCUAUAUAAGGCGCAGAACAUGCCAUUCGCUUCCUAAAUACGAAGGCCAACUCCAAUCCGCCGCAUUAUACCGGUUCUACGCGAUGAGAGUCUCCCAAUUGCUCUGUUUUGGUGGCCUCCUCGGUGUUGCUCUCGCAUCUACCGAGACCAGGAUCACCAAGAGGGAGACAGUUAGUGAGAUUCUGACUGAUAUCGAAGAUGCUACUACUUGCGCAGCUUGUGAGGCUCUGCUGGUUGUACUCCAGGCACUUGCCCACUUGGGAAAUGAUGACUUCGUGGAUGUGAUUACAGAAGUCUGCAUUUUGGCUGGCGUGGAUGACGAUGAUGUUUGCAAGGGCGCAAUUGGUCUUGAGGGUCCUAUUUUGGCUCAUGAUCUGCGCAAUAUGGACGUUCCCUCCAAGACAGCCGUCCUUUUCUGCACCACCAUCUUUGGACUAUGCAAUUAUCCUGCAGUGGCCGAGUAUUCUGUAGAGUUCCCCUCUGCCAAGCCGGUCAAUGCCUCUCGUCCAGCACCGAGUGGAGAAACUCCUCUGCAGAUUGUUCACAUCAGUGAUAUCCAUGUUGAUCUUUCAUAUGAGACUGGUGCAAGCUACAACUGCACCAAGCCUAUCUGCUGUCGUCCAUAUACUACCUCCGAUGACCCAGACGUAACCGACUACCCUGCAGGCGAGUAUGGUAACCACAACUGCGAUGCCCCUCUUACGCUAGAAGAGAGCAUGUAUGCGGCUAUCAAGGAGCUCGUUCCCGAUUCAUCGUUCGUUAUUUUCACAGGUGAUGUUGUUGAAGGUGCUGUAUGGUUGGUGAAUGAGACGGAAGUGACCAACGAUCUGAAUGACGCUUACAAUACUCGGAUGUCCGACUACUUCGACCUGGUCUAUGGUGUCACUGGCAACCAUGAUACUGCUCCAGUUAACUCAUUUCCCCCAUCUGAUAUUGACACGACCAUUUCGAGCCAGUGGGCCUAUGAUACUCUUUCUUCGGAUUGGAGUCAAUGGAUCGGAUCUAGUGCAGCCAGUACCGCAGACGACUAUGGCGCUUACUCUGUCAAGUACCCCGGUGGCAACCUGCGAAUCAUCUCGUUCAACUCCAACUUCUACUACAGAGAGAACUUCUGGCUCUACGAGAAGUCUAUGCAGACUGAUCCUAAUGGACAGUUGGCCUGGCUCGUAAGUGAGCUGGCUGCGGCCGAGACAGCAGGCGAGCGAGUCUGGCUAAUGGGCCACAUGCCCAUGGGAUCCGGCGAUACCUUCCACGAUGCAUCCAACUACUUCAAUCAGAUCAUCCAGCGAUAUGACGCCACUAUUGCCGCGGUCUUCUAUGGACACACUCACAAGGAUGAGUUCGAACUUGCUUACUCGAACUACACCGACCAGUCGGCAGAUACGGCCACCAUGAUGUCUUACAUCAUGCCGGCCAUGACGCCCACUUCUGGUAACCCUGCUUUCCGCGUUUACUCCGUUGAUCCUGUCACCUUCGGUGUUCUCGACUUUACCGAGUACAUCACCAACAUGUCCAGUCCCACAUAUCAGGAGAAGCCUACAUGGGAGAAGUAUUACUCGGCUAAGGAGGCCUACGGAUCACUGCUUGACCCACCCGUUACUGACAGCGCAGCUGAGCUGACUCCGGCAUUCUGGCACAAUGUCACGGUACUUCUCGAAAACGAUGACAGUGUAUUCCAGGACUACUACGCCCGCAAGAGACGUGGCUGGGACGUCUCGGAGUGCACUGGUGAUUGCAAAACAGACGAGAUCUGCCAGCUGCGUGCGGCCGAGUCACAGUACAACUGCGUUGAGAUUACACCUGGAAUCAACUUCAAGAAGCGCGACACGACCACAGCCACAGUUUUUAAGGAGUCCGCUUGCGGUGAAUCGGUGGUUGGCCAGAUGUUCUCCAACUUCGAUGGAGCUGUGGCAGCUUUGCAGAAGGCAGCGGCAACCAAGCUGGGAUCGAGCUUUUUGAACACCACGGUCAACUCGACUGCUGCCUAGGUUGUUUUAAAAACUGCAGUUAUAUGGGAAGCAGGUGAAACUAGUGGCAUACUCUGAGGUCAUCAAGGACAGUUACCAAGGACAAAUGUUUGUUCCUACUGCGUAUAAGCUCUGAAUAUUAAGAUUCCAUCUGCC